AUGGCGGGGACAACAACUGCAGCGUAUACCGCAGAUCUUUGGACGUCGCCCAGUACUGUAGACGGGAGCCAGAACCAGUGGGAAUAUGCCGUCCCAGUUAGACAGAAUAGUUCCGUUCGUCGCCCCAAAUCUCGAUCGUCUCACGAUCCUGCCCACGCUCGCUCACGAGGAUCUCGUAGCUCGUCCAUGUCUAGACAUGCCUACGCACAUGACACAACGUAUUCGAAUUAUCGUGGUCGACACGACCCGAGCCUGAGUCGCCAUGGAAGUGAAGCGGGGAGCCUGCGGGCCAACUAUAGCUCGGGAAACCUGAGAGGGUCGGCAAAUGCGUCUCACGAUGCCCUGGGACGGGGUGACAUGAAGGAUGGAAUUGGACCCUACAUGAAUGGAUUCGAGCAUGAGAAUUGGAUCCACAGAGACAAGCUGGCCAAGAUCGAAAGCGAGGAGCUGCAGCAAGCUGCGAUCUUCUUCCAACGCCGAGGAGGACUGGAGCACAGCCGAUCACAACGUGGAAGGAAUCAUGAUUCGAAUCACACCCCUCGUGGCGGGUCUACUGUGACCACGCCGCCGACGAAUGAGUCAAUGGAACCUUGGCCGACAAUGCAGGACGACUCGCGGGAUAUCACGAGCUCUCCGACUUCUUUUGUGCAGGGUACCGGGGAAGAUCGCCAUAAUUGGGACCUCCGUCGACCGGAGGAGAUUGCCGCCGAUACCAAUGCCGCGAAUUUCUACCAGAAUCCCGGGGGGCGCAAGAGCUCGUCUCGGAUACCCAUCCCGACCUCUAGUCCGGCUCCCAUUUCACCGGACCAACUUGGUCGCGAGUUCCCCAGGCAACGCGCGCGGGGGCUUACCAAUGGAGAGGACGAGGCGUUGGCAUAUGGCAAACCGCGCAGGGCCAGCGAGCCUAUCACCGUGGAAAAUUUGGAGGGCUCUACUCCCCCAGGUGCCAGCAGUCGACCUGGGAGUCGUGGGUUCCCAAGCGGGCAAAAUACGGGCAGGAAAACCACCGGUAAAGGUGCGACAGCAACAGGUACCCGAAAGUCGUCUGCGCCUCCCGCCACGCGUAAGACAACCCCGCGGAGUCGAGCUACGUCCGGAAAUCAGCGUCCGACUACACGAUCGGGCGAAGGUCGUGCCCCUCACCCCGUCAACCGCCCCGAGGGUGAUCCGCCAUGGCUGGCAACCAUGUAUAAGCCGGACCCGCGUCUUCCUCCGGAGGAGCAGAUGCUUCCGACCCACGCCCGACGGAUCCAGCAACAGAUGUGGGAGCAAGAGGGUCGGACGCCGACGAUGUAUGAUCGCCAAUUUGCACCGCUAGCCGUUGGCCCCGACGGUGGCCCACGUCCGGUUGAAGUGAAGAAAGAAGAGCCGCCGAAACAGCCCCCGUCACCAGUAUCGCCGCUACCGCCGCCGCAGCCUUCGCCAAAACCGGAGAUUCGAGCCCCAGAGAUCUUGCCCACGCCCAAGAGUCCCGAUCCCAGCACUCGACCCAGUACGGGAACCGGCUACAGCACCAUGCCCAAGGUGCAGCAGGAACCUCCUUCUGCGGGACUGACACCCAAGUGGAGCCCACCGGUUGUCACUGCGCAGGAGCCCCCUAAAAAGGAAAAGGGAUGCGGAUGCUGCAUUGUUAUGUGA